AUGCACCGAGUCCGAGCAUGGGCACAUUCGUCUGCUCAUCAAAACAAAUUCAAUCCCUGGUCGCACAGUGAUCAGACUUCGAAAGCUGCUGGCAAAGCCUCCACCAAUGGCCAGGAGACCGAAGUCGAGAGCUCCAAAGGCUCUCGUUCGACGCGCCUUUGGAAAAAUGUGAAAGCGCCCCUCUUCCAUAGUUGGGUCAAUGUCCUCUUGGUAUUUGUGCCCGUCGGUAUCGCUGUCCAUUUCGCAAAUGUCGAUCCGAACAUUGUCUUUGCACUCAAUGCCGUUGCCAUCAUUCCCCUGGCAGGGCUUUUGACCUUCGCAACCGAAUGCGUUGCCCAUCGACUUGGACCCACGCUGGGGGCACUGCUGAAUGUCAGUUUUGGAAAUGCAGUCGAACUCAUCAUCUUCAUCAUCGCUCUCGUUAAGAACGAGAUCCGCAUUGUACAGGCCUCUCUGAUAGGCUCACUCCUGGCCAACCUGCUCCUCAUUUUGGGCAUGGCUUUCCUCAUCGGUGGCCUAGAAUACCAAGAGCAGAUCUACGACAGUACUGUGACGCAGAUGAGUGCUUGUCUCUUGGCCCUGGCGGUUCUCAGUCUGUUGAUUCCGACCGCUUUCCAUGCUUCCUUCAGUGACAUGGACCGUGCAGAUCGUGCGGUAAUCAAGCUGAGCCGAGGCACAUCGGUCAUCCUCCUAGUCAUCUACUUCCUUUACCUUCUUUUUCAACUCAAGUCCCAUGCAUAUCUGUAUCAAGGUACGCCGCAGCACGUCAUCGACGAGGAAUCAGCUCCUGGCUUUCUCGCUCGGUUCGACUCAUCCAGUUCGUCUGCAAGUUCAUCACGAGUGUCCACUGUGAACUCUGGUUCGGGUUCCAAUCGUCGUGUGCGUAAGCGAUUGAGGGCGAAAUUGGGCAUGAAACGACAUGAGAAGACAGAAAUAGAACCAGAAAGAGGCAUAGAGCCUGUUCAGCCUGAAGGUGUCCCGCCCACAGACAUUGCAAUUGAAAAAACCGAAGAACCAGCGGAGAUGGAACAGCCUUCCCAACACUCGGGACCUAUUGCGACCCCUGUGACAGUCACCGCCACGUCUCAAGCCGGCGCCAAGGCAAAGCUGCCAUUAGGACCUCGAGGGCUGCCGUUCCGUACACCCCCAGUGUUCCGGUCCUCAACCAAUCCCACAGGGGGACCUGUCACAGACCAUGCGCAAAAUAACCUCCGACGCUACAGGUCAGAUCCCAACUAUCGCGAGGAUGUACAAUGGCAAAACCUGUCUCCCGCGGCCCGAAGAAUCGACAGGCGCCAGACCCCCAAAAGCACAAUUUCAAAGGAAGAUGAAAGCGAGCCGCCGAUGGGUCAGACCGCAUCCAUCAUUUGGCUGCUCAUCUCAACCGGCCUCGUCGCUUUAUGUGCAGAGUUCCUGGUUGGCAGCAUCGAACACCUGGUCGAAAACUCGCCACUCUCGGAAGCCUUCAUUGGGCUGAUCAUCUUGCCCAUCGUGGGCAAUGCAGCAGAGCAUGUUACAGCGGUGACUGUUGCGGCGAAGAACAAACUCGACCUUGCUCUUGGAGUGGCGUUGGGCUCCUCUAUUCAGAUUGCACUUUUUGUCACGCCGAUUGUCGUUAUCCUUGGGUGGAUCAUGGACAAAAGCAUGUCGUUGUAUUUCAGUCUGUUCGAAACCGGCUCGCUUUUCGUUUCGACCUUUAUCGUCAAUUUCCUCGUGCUCGACGGCCGGAGCAACUAUCUGGAAGGGGCGCUGUUAUGUGCUUGUUACAUCAUUGUUGCAGUUGGAGCAUAUUUCUUCCCAGACGACCAAGAUCAGAGCUCUCUCACAAGUGGACCUGGCGGCGGCUAG